AUGGAGGCUAUUGAUGAAAAGGUGGAUGCGGUUGAUCUUUUAGAAGAGUUUUGGUUCUUUGACAACUUACUCAAAAGAAGAACAACAAUGGUGAGAUGUCAUUCUGAUCCUUGUACUUCCUCAAAUUUUAAUCAAUUUGAAGGAAGUACUUCUAGUUCAUCAACAGAGAAGCUCCCUGAAGUUGGUGUUGUUCGUUCUAAUAAGCUGAUUCGUGCACCAUCUUUGCCGCCUUGUAUAGGGAGGAAAGAAGAAAAUAAUGUUCAAGAGAAAGAAAGGAAUAAUGGGAGAAGUAAAUUGACUAGACAAUCAUCACAUCAAGGUUUGCUUCAAGCAGCGAAACCAAGUUGUGUAGCGAAGAAGGAAGUAACCCAAGAGCAGAGAUCGAGUGCUGCAACUAGGAACAAAGUGAUGAACACGGGACAAUCUUCUCGGAGAAAUUUGCUAAGGACUCCUUCUUUACCACCUGAUUUUGGAAGAUCAGAAGACAUCUACCAAGACAAAGAGAGUGAUGCCAGAAUGAGUAGAUUGAUUCAACAGGCUUUUGCCAAUUCUUCAGACUUCUUGCAGAAUCAACAUUCUUCAAAGGGAAUGACACGAACUUAUGACAUUCCGAGGUACAGACCACCAAGAAACUUGGAUUUGGAGAGCCAUAAUAACACAACUGGCAUCAAGGAAAUGAACAGGCGAUACAGCCUGAACCAAGGGAAGAUGAGAAAGAGCCUGAGUGCUCUUGAAUCCGAAGAAGUUCAAGGUUUCAAGGACUUGGGAUUCACAUUUGACAAAAAGAACUUAACCCCAAGUGUGGCCGACAUUCUUCCUGGUUUGCAAGAGAAGAAGAAAGAAGAAUUGGAUGAAGAAGAUAAUAAGAUGAGGAAGCCUUAUUUGUCAGAGGCAUGGCUUGUACAAAGCUGUGCACCUCCUCCAGUUCCGAAUUGGGUAUCCAAAAAUUCUGCAGAAGACAUGAAGACACAAAUCAAGUUCUGGGCUAAAACUGUGGCAUCUAAUGUUCGUGUGCAAGAGUGUUAAUAACUUUACAUCUGAUCAAUUUGACAUUAAAAUAGAUAUAACUUCUCUCUGCUAAUCAAAUUUUUUGGUCUUGCAAUUCCUGAGAUUCUUUUUCUUUUGGAUGUAUCUAAUUUGGGAUCAGAAAUGUAGAGAUUUUAAGGAAUUGCCAAAAGGAGUCCGGGAGGUAUAAAUUUCUGCCAAUCUUCUUCCUUUUUCAGGUUCAAAUUAAUACUGGAUGAACUUUACUGGGCACUAAUGUAACUUUGAUUUGUUCACA